GUUUUCGUGUCUCACAGCUGAUCAUAAUAGAGUUUAAAACCCCUGCACCCACACAGUGAGGCGGCAGUGGACGAAGACAAGCUUGAAAAGCACACAGCUGCCGGGAGGAGAGUGUAAGAUGGCGGAUUUUGGACUGUAUGCGUACCAGGAGGAAGUGGUCGAAAGGGCUCUUCAGGGAGAGAACACAAUUAUUUGGCUGCCGACGGGAGGCGGAAAGACUCGUGCCGCUGUGUAUGUGGCCAAAAGACACCUGGAGACCACACCUAAGGCUAAGGUGGUGGUCCUGGUGAACAGGGUUCACCUUGUUGACCAACAUUACAGCAAAGAGUUUGAGCCUCACCUGGGCUGCAACUACACCCUGGUGGCAGUCAGUGGAGAGAGUGAGGAGAAGGACUUCUUCGGGAGAGUGGUGCAGGACUCAGACGUGGUCAUCUGCACGGCACAGAUCUUGUACAAUGCUCUGACAAACGUGGAGGAGACCAAACACGUGGCGCUCUCAGAUAUCACUCUACUGAUAAUCGAUGAGUGUCACCACACCAACAAGGACUCAGUCUACAACAAAGUAAUGGGAUGCUAUGUGGAGAAAAAGCUGAAAGGAGAGCGGCCGUUGCCACAGAUCCUGGGUCUGACUGCAUCACCGGGCGCAGGGGGCGCAAAGACCCUGGAAAAGGCUGUGGAGCACGUGCUGCAGAUUUGUGCCAACCUGGACUCAGCCAUAGUUUCAACUAAAAACUACGCACCAGAGCUGCAGAAGAAAGUACCCAGACCCGUCAAGACGUUUGACAUUGUGUCAAAAAGGCUCGAGGAUCCAUUUGGAGAUCACCUCAAGUUCAUGAUGCAGCUGAUCCACGACUUCAUGAACCCACCCCCAGACUUCCGACUGAGGGAGUGCGGCACACAGGAGUAUGAGGCAGAUGUGGUGAUUCUAGAGCAGCGAGGGGUAAGAGAGAACAACAGGCUGCUGGCAGAAAGUGCGCGCCACCUCAGACAGUACAACGACGCCCUGCUCAUCAAUGACACCCUGCGAAUGAUGGAUGCUUAUCGCUCCCUGGAGGAGUUCUACAUCACCAAGUUCACCACAGAAAUCGACGGAACCGACUACUUCCUGGUGGGACUUUUCCAAGAGAAUCAGGUGGAGCUGAAAACACUGGCCAGGGAUUCUCGCUACGAGAACCCGAAGAUGUUCCAACUCGAGAGCACUCUGCUAAAACAGUUUGGUCCAAAUGUGCAAUCAAGGGGGAUCCUCUUCAGUAAAACACGUAAAAGCACCCACUGCCUGAAGGACUGGGUCCUCACCAACAAAACCUUACAGGAAGCCGGUAUCAAGGCAGCCAUCCUCACUGGGGCUGGCAAUGGCAUCAGUUACAUGACGCAGCACGAGCAGGCGGACACCAUCCGCAAUUUCCGCCAGGGAACUCUCAACCUCCUGAUCUCCACCAGCGUGGCUGAAGAAGGCCUUGACAUCCCUGAAUGCAACCUGGUGGUGCGCUACGGGCUGCUUACGAAUGAGAUCGCCCAGGAGCAGGCGAGCGGCCGUGCACGAGCGAUGCACAGCCAGUAUUCGGUGGUCGCCCAGAAAGGGGGGCGGGAGGUGCGCCGGGAGCUCAUCAACGAACAUCUGGUGGAGCUGACUGGAAAAGCCAUCGCUAAGGUCCAAGAUAUGAGCUCCCAAGAGUUCCGCAGAAAGAUAACUGAGCUCCAAACAGAGGCAGUUAUUUGCAGAAAAAUUGCAGAGAGCCACAAGACAGAGAAGAGGAGCCGCAACAGCGCUGCGAGUGUCCAGCUGUUGUGUCGAAACUGUUUACAGCCUGUGGCCUCUGGCAGUGACAUCAAACUUGUUGACAACGUGCACUAUGUCAACGUCAAUCCUGACUUUAAGAGACAAUACAAAGUCGGUGGGCAGGUGCAGCUGGAGAGGACUUUUCAGGACUGGGAGCCGGGGUGCACAAUCAGCUGCAAUAACGGCAACUGCAACAAGAGCUGGGGAUUUGAGAUGAAGUACAAGGAGGUUGCCCUGCUGCCCAAUAUAGCCAUUAAGAACUUUGCCCUGGAGACCCCUGAUGGCAGGCUGACGGUGAAGAAGUGGAAGGAUAUCACUUUCACUGUUGAGGACUUCAGCUUUGAAGAGUACUGCCUGGACAACUUCCCUGACAUCUUUGAUUGAGACACGAAGAGAAUCUUUUUUCCUGCUUCUUUGCACGUUUUUAUCUGUUUCUUCAUUCCAGAGCUCAUUUGGGGAAACCAUCACUGCGCCGUCUGAGGUGCUUUUCAAACAUUCCCUCCACACGUGCUUGCAUUAAUGUGCGCUGCGGGGCCAGUGAGGCAGCACCGUGCUAAAACCCAGUACGCAUCGAUCAUGCUUGAAAUUAGCAUGACAGCUUUGUUUAUGCCCAAGGUCCCAGCUCCCUUUGCAUGUUUUUCUGCGUAUUCCCUCUGCUUCAUCUGAAGCCAUGCACCGAAAACAAAGCACAAAAUGAACUCGGAUGCAACGUGAACCUCAACCAUCAUGAACGGUUGAUGUGUCAUCACGAAGAUGACUCCUCACGAACUCUCUCUUAGCUAUUUUAAGAUGUUUUUUACAGUAGAUGCAGCGGCGUACACAGGGUGCAGGGUGCAGAUACUGUGCGUGUGCUGAUCAGCUCAACAUCAUCAUCAUUUAUUGAAUUAUUCAAAUGUUUUACAGGAGGUUAGUUUGAAUUAUAUUUUAUCAUUAAACAUUCAAGCAACCACUUUAAUUUUAGCUCACUUUAUUGAAAAAAACUGUCACAAUUAAUUAACUAAACUGUGAUCAGUGUCAAUAAAUGAACCUUCCUCCUGAAAU